GCUUCGGAUAGCUACGAAGCACCGCUUUGUUAGUUGUCCAAUUGUUUACCGAUCUAUUUUUUUUUAUUUCCCUUCGGUAUUAUCAUACAAGUAAAAUUCGAAACCGGAUUCGAUGCAGCCAAAUUUAUUCCAUUUUUAAAAGACCGUCGGCUAAUUCUUAAAUUAAAAAUAAAACUUUUGUGACUAAGGUGUUGAGAACCAGUGUUUUUGUGUAUUUAAAAAUAGUAAAAUUGAGUGAAUUGUUUGAAGAUUUUAAUUAUUAUUAGGAAAAUAAUUUACUGAGCGGCAACUAUGAUAGUCCGAGCCAUGGAUUGUGACACAAAAAACUCAAAAACAGACUCACUUUGCCGCUCAAGAGCGAAACGAUAAGCGCAAAAUGACAGCUCAAAAACUGUUUCCCGCUCAAAGAACUGUCAAAGUGACAUUGUGUGGUGUAUGAGUGCGUUCGGAAUGUACAAUCAUGGUGACACUGAUGCCGUGUAGCUUCCUCGGAGGCACCUCCCCGAGAUGCAGCUUGGACCACGCCGAGCCCAAGGCGAAGCGUCCUAGGACUGAUACAAAUACUGAUGUAGCUGACCGAUUGUCAAGCGAAAUCAACACAAGUCCUUGUGAAUCGGAAUCUACUUCAAACUCUCCACCAUCUUUGUUACAAGAUGCAACAUUACCUGCUCUCCUAGUCUCUGGAACAUCUACGAUUUUCCAAAACACGUCAAGUACAGCAAAUUCUUCGCUCAGUUUAUCAGCUGUUGAUAGUUUAUGUCUGCCUGGUAAUUCUGAGGUGGAAAGCUGUAGUCUGGCGAACGGAUGCGCAACAAGCACGCCUUUGGGCGGUUUGGCCCUACCUCUGACGUCCACUAGUGGAUUGUGUUCAACCUCCUCACCGUCUGCGGUCGCCUGGUUGAUGAAUGAGGAUAGUGCGGGUGAAGUCAAGAGCGAGGUGCGGAGCCCGGGGCUGUGCGAGGCGGACGUGGCGCUGUACGGCGACACUCUGCCAUACGACCAGUCUACGCUGCCCUACCAAUACUAUAAUAGUAUGCAGCAAUAUGGUAGCAGCGGCGCAGCGUCAUCAUACGUCGGCUCCACGCUGUACAACCAACCGUACGCCGCGUAUCCGGCGCCGCACAACACUAACAACAGGUCCUCGUGCAAAGCGGCGACGCCGACAUAUCUGAGUGCGUACGGUGUGAGUGGAGUGGGCGGCGUAUCCAGCUCUGGGUUUGGAGCCCAGCCCUCCCCUUACGCGUAUUCGUCCUAUAAUGGAGGGCUUGCGCAGAGUUUUCCUUCUGCUCAGCAGGAUUACAGCAGUUAUGCAGCCGGAUACGCGGAACACAACAUGUCUCAAUACGGUGGUUAUUAUGCCGCACCUAGUUAUUCCCCUUACGUGAGCUCGCCAAGCAGUAGUGGUAGCGUCGGACAUACUUCCUAUCAUUUGGGUGGAACGUUAUCAGAUUCCCCUUCAUCCAUGCUGCCUUCUAUAAAUGACACAAGUCCACUUUCACCGAUCAAGAGUGAAGUCCAUGCUAGUCGGAGAUGUAGAGAAAAUUCUGGGGAAAGCACAGUGAGCCGGACGCGGGGCCGCGGUCGACGCAACACGUCGUCGUCGCCCGCGCAGCUGGCGGCCGAGCCCGCCACCGACCGCGUCUUCAUCUGGGACCUCGACGAGACCAUCAUCAUUUUCCACUCGCUGCUUACCGGGACAUACGCUACUAAGUACAAUAAGGAUACUCAACAAAUAGUUCAAUUGGGAUUUAGAAUGGAAGAAAUGAUAUUCAGCUUAGCUGACACACAUUUUUUCUUCAAUGAUGUAGAGGACUGCGACCAGGAGCACAUAGACGCGGUGGCGGCAGACGACAACGGGCAAGACCUAUCCGCGUACAACUUCACGUCGGACGGGUUUCAGGCGGGCGCACCUGCUGCGGCGCUCUGCGCGCCUGGUGUCCGCGGCGGCGUCGACUGGAUGCGGAAGCUGGCCUUCCGCUACAGGAAGAUCAAGGACACUUAUAAUAAUUAUAGGAAUAGUGUUGGCGGGCUACUCGGACCAGCUAAGAGAGAACAGUGGUUACAACUGAGAGCGGAGUUGGAACAAGCUACAGACAACUGGUUAACAUUAGCUUGCAAGUGUCUCAAUAUGAUCAACUCCAGGGAGAACUGCGUGAACGUGCUGGUGACGACGACGCAGCUGGUGCCGGCGCUGGCCAAGGUGCUGCUGUUCGGGCUGGGCGGCGUCUUCCCCAUCGACAACAUAUACUCUGCCACCAAGACUGGAAAAGAAACAUGCUUCGAAAAAAUCAAACAGCGAUUCGGCGAGCGAUGUACCUACGUAGUGAUCGGCGACGGACAAGACGAGGAAGCGGCGGCGAAAGCGAAGAACUAUCCCUUCUGGAGAAUAUCCAGCCAUUCUGAUAUAGCUGCGUUGUACAACGCGCUAGAUAUGGGCUUCUUAUGAUUUGCUGCUCUCCUGGUACUUGACAUAUGCAAAUUUGUGAUCGCACUUGGAGUUUUUGAGUAUCUUUUUAUAUUAGGAGGCGAAGGAAAAUAUUCAACUUUUCUUAUAAAGUUUAAGUAUAUGUACAAAUCCGCCGUUUUAGCAUAUUUGCGAUCGCACCUAUCUGAAUAUUUUUAUACAAUAUAUCAGAAGCCAAGAAAAAUAAUUUUCUAAAAAUAUGCUUCUUGUGUUAACCUGUCGUCCUGGUAAAAAUUAAGUUCGCACUAUGUUAUGUAGAUAAUUUUAUUUUUCACUUUAUUAUGGAAAAAAGAAUAAAAUUUUACACAAGAACCUACUUAAAAUAAGCAGGCCCUAUCAAGUACAUCAAUAUAUUCUUCAAUUUAGGGCCUAAAACACUUUUACGAUAAUUUAGUUUUAAAGCUCAAAGUUAGCUCAAAAUCUACGCAAAACUAAUUUAAUUAUUGUAAAUAUCAUUUAGUAGGAUCUAAGUCCAUUCCUAUUUACGUAAGUUUUAUAUUCUAUACAAUGUACAGAUUUAAUUAGUCAAUUUAGAAUGUAUUUAUAUAAUAAUUCAGAGCGUCUAUUUUUAUUUUAUCAAUUUUCAAUAUAAAGUAAUGGCCCAACGUGUUUUGAUUGUAUACUUUUCUUAGUAAUAUUCUUCUUAAUCUUGCCUAAUGUUCAACAGUUGAUCUGAUAACCAAAUUAAUGACAAAUUGCCUUAAAAUAAACAUUACUUACUACUGACCAGAAAAAACACUGUAAUAUACAUUUACAUUAUGUUUUGACUUGCGUGCGCCUGGUAGAAUUAAAAACUGUCUCAACUCUCAUAGUGUAUCUAUUUUGCUUCUACGUCAGACAUGACAGCAAGAUGUUGCCCGUUUUAAAAAUGGUUGAAAAUAUUCAGGCUUAAAAUUAACGAGGUAAUAUUACUCAAGCGUGCCAAAACUUAGGAUAUUCUUGAAAUUGCAUGUUAAAAAAGUAUUUCAUACUUGAAUAAUCAAGUAUGAAAAAAAAAUUUUUAACGAAGUUAAUUACAUACCUGCUAAUUUCUGUUUUCCUGGUCAGAUUUAAAAACUCAUCUAUAUUUUUUUAUUACACAAACUUAUAUAGCACAAUAGUACUUCUAUAUUUUAGAACCUACCGCUCACGGUUUUGUCUAGGUAUGUUUUUAGAGCAAUAUUUUUUAAGAAAAACUAAAAAUUAACGAUUUCUUUGGAAAUAAAUGUUUAUUUUCCUAUUUUAUUUUUACCUAAACACGCGAAUAUACAUUUAUUUUGUGUCAAAAAUUUUUUUGUAAAAAAUACUUCGCUUCUAAAUCGGGCCACACAUUUGAAGGCUAAGAACAAAUUUGAUGAUAGCAAUAUUUGUAUGUUAUAUUGAAAUAGUCCAAAUUAACCUGUACAUAAAAAACUAUCAUAGAAUAAAUUGUUCGUUCUUAUUGCGAUAAUAGUGAUAUGAAUUUGAUUCGAAAGUUACGAUUAUUCGAACUGUAAAUAAAAGUAUAUUAUUUGACAAUUUA